CCGCCGCCGCUUCCGCCGGGGCCGGGGCAGAGUUGUGAGUACCUGUGAAACCACAAGGCAGAAUUUCAUAGUGUUGUCACUGCUGUGCUGAAGCACUAAAUUCUUCUGAAGCUACUCCUGCUGGCCCUGGAUCUGCACAUGAUUGGUGUUCACACAGUGAGUGAAUUAGUAAUCAAGAAGCAUGAAGCAUGGUUGGGAGUACUUCCUAACAGCAGAAAAGCAGGAAUCUGUGGCACAAUUGCACUUUAUUGAAAUCGUGGAAAAUUUUCUAGCACAUUUAGUCAGUGAUUAAGUUGAAGACAUGGGGCCAAUGAAAUACAAAUCAAGUGUGUCCUCAGUGUCCUGUGGCCUGCAAUACCACCAUUCAUUGAUGAAGUGGAGUCCCAAAAUGAAUUUACAUGUUGUGAGGACUUACUGCUCCUCAGAGCCCAAGAGGCCUGAAGCCAAGUCUGCCAUAGAAAUGGCCAUGGGCCUCCUUCAUCGGCUCACAGAAACUGGGACUGUGAUAGGAAAAAACUCCCUUCAGAAAGUGUCUGCAACAUGCAAGAAUUGGUGGGACAGAUAUGAAGAGUUUGUUGGAAUUAAUGAAGUUCGAGAGGCUCAAGGAAAAGUAACAGAGGCAGAAAAUGUCUUUAUGAUAGCUCGAGGGAUAGUACGAGAGGCUCGUGAAAAUGUAGAAGCCCAACAGAUUAAACUGAAGGAAAUUCGGGACCGCUUAGACAGGGUCUCUCGGGAUGACACCCAGUAUUUAGAACUGGCUACUCUGGAACACAGGUUGCUGCAGGAAGAGAAGAGGUACCGAGCUGCAUAUUUAAAUGCAGAAGAAUCAGAGAGAGAAAAAUUCUCUCUCUUCUCUGCAGCUGUAAGGGAAAGCCAUGAGAAAGAGCGCACAAGAGCUGAAAAAACUAAGAACUGGUCUAUUAUUGGUUCUGUGCUGGGAGCCGUUAUAGGUGUUCUUGGUUCCACCUAUGUAAAUCGAGUAAGGCUGCAAGAAUUGAAAGUCUUGGUGCUUGAAGCACAAAAGGGCCCAAUAAAUUUACAAGAAGCCAUCAAAGAACAGGCCUCCAGCCAUUACUCACAGCAGAAGGAUCUCAGUGAUGUCAUAGAAGACCUGAAAAAUGUGCUGCAAACAACAGCAUCGCGAGGAGUAAAAGAGGGCGCUUUGUUAACUAGAGAAACCAGGAAUGACUCCAUAAAAAUAGAUUCACUUUUAACUCCUUUAAACGAACAGCUAAACUACAUUAAACAAGUCAGUUCAUGUCUAGGGAGUUUACAGCAGCAGUUUAACAGUCUGCAGGAAAGUAUCACACAGGUGCUGACUGAGAUGCAGAGUGUCAAACUCGCGAUCCGCUCUAGACCUACGGAAAGGGUGAUCCCGAGGUCUUCAGGGGAGGGCAAGGGCCAGGCUUCUGCUGUGAGAGAUGUGAUUUUAGAAUUGUGUGAUACCGAGCGGAGACUGGAAACACAAAUCAAGAGAAGUUCUAUUUACAGCACUGCACUGACGUGUGCUAUGUUUGCUAUUACUCUGCCUGUACUCUAUAUUAUACUUAAAGGGAACUGAUCCCUGAUUAAUUGCCACAAUUUACUAGAUUAAUAAAGGUAAACUUGCACUCUAAGUAGUUAGAGUACAAGUCCAAAUAAAGCUGCCUAACAUUUCUUGUUAUGCCUUCUGUAUAUUUGAAAAUCUUGUAAAGCCGUGGUCCAUCUUCUGCUGCAGGAUCCGUGUUAAGUCUCUGUCAUGUGCUGUGCAUGUAACAAGCAAAGGAAUUGCCACAGUUGAUCUGUUGAUUUCAUUCACUGUUUCACUCUUACUGUCUAGUCUUACAUAUCGAGACAGCAUCCCCAAAUGGCCCUCUGAGCCCCAGAUUGCAGCCAUGGGACCCCAAAUGGCCCCCAGCAGACCCCAAGUUGUUCCCCUUGUUGCUCCCAAUGCCCACGUCACCCCACAGCGGUCCCAAAUGUCCCCAUCAGGCUCUAACUUGCCCUGCUGGGCCCCAGUUUGCCCAAGACAGGCCCCAUAGUGUAAUCAGGUACAUCCCCAGACACUCUGACCCAGCCUCAGCCACGUGCCCUUACCCAGCCCCGACCCUCAGCUCCAUGCAGCAGGCACUGCCAGGGCCCAUCAGCUGCAGCCCCUGGCUGCCUCCAAGGCCCCUUGAGAUUCUGGGCUUCAGACACGUUUAUUGCUGGCACAGCUGAGUGUUGGGGCCCGGCCCCACGGGCUCUGAUGUCCUGCCAUCCCCACUGUUCCCCUCUCCCCAGCUGGGGGCACAAGGAGAUGUCUUUUUCAAGUGGCACAGUGCCAGAGCCGAGCUGAGGUGACCCCCCUAAGUCCUGUGCUCCCCCAGAGCCAUCAGUGUCUCCCCAUGGCCCCUCUCCUUCUCCAGGACACCAUGAGGCUCUACAACCUCUGCACUGCCCAGCACUGUGGCCACUGCUGGACCAAGUGGCAGAGCCUGGGGAUAUACAUGAUACACAAAACAUGCUGUACAGACAUGGGACCUGCAUUGUACCUAGAGCUAAAUAAAACCAGAAACAAAGAAAAAACUUAAAGGCAAACAUUUCUACUUGUUUGGUAAAAUGAAUCCUAAUGUUUUGUGCAUGGACAAACUGCAAAGCUGUGAAGAAAUCAUGAGCAAAAGUAGAGAGGAAUACACAUGAGGCGUUUAGAUCAACGAUAGAGUAAAAGAA